AUGACGACGCCGCAGUGGACAGAUGAACUGGACGAUCUAUUACUGGUUGUUGCUGGCACCUACAACACCUGGCGCGACAGGAUGCACCAGUUCAACAGCGCCUUGAAGACAAGAAGAAGCUUGUCCAACCAGGAGUUCACAGCGGCUGCGAUGUAUUCUCGCUUCCAGGAGCUGUGCAGAACGUCAGAUGCAACUUCUGACGACAAGAAUACGAGGGGCGAGUCUAUGGAGGCCAAGACGAUACUCUUCAACCGAGCUGCGAAGCUCAACGGUUGGAAAGUGGCUACGCAAGACCAGGUCGAGUUAAAGCUCAAGCAGUUGGCGAGGAACGCAGCGAAGAGCAGCCCCCAGCAGGAGCCGACUACGCCGAACGGUGAGGUCGGUAACGAAUCGCAACCUGGCGAGAAACGGACACUGAGAAUGAGAAGCUCUGAGCUGGACGCCAAGCGCCGAAAAUCUGGGGAUGAUGUCGCGACUGAGAAGAUGGAAUGUCAUAGUGAUGUCGCUAACGAGAAUGAUGCGGAGAGCAUUGAGAGCGACCUGGAGAACGAUGGCAAAACUGAAGUCGCGAGUUUUUUGCCGUUGGAUGGGGACGUCAACUCGCAGGAUAUCGAGAUCACGGACGUAAGUCGGAAGACUUUCCUCACCAUGAUGGAUUAUGUGUACACGGACUGCGUCGAGGUCUCGAAGGAUGAUGUACUGGAGCUAUUUGUCGCUGCGAGCCGCUUGAUGGCGUCGAUCGGCAUCGAAGACGUUGCGGAAAAAUUGCUGGUAGCUGCUGAGCACGACGAUGAAUCGCUACGAGACGAAUGUUUGUCCUACAUACUUCGCUAUCCCACUACCGUCUCGAACACGCAUGCGUUCAUGGAAAUGGCGCGCAGCAACCCUGAACUCAUGGUGUGGGUUGCGCAGAAAAUGGCGUCCCUCAUUCACAUUGUUUAG